AUGAGUUUGAAACGAAAGGCAGAUGAGGCGGAUGGGCCAAGCUCUACAUCCGCUAAGGAUGCGGCUGAGCAGAUCUUAGAUCUAGUCCGCUCAGAACAUGGUUCUUCUAACUCGGAUUUCUACCGACUUUUCGGGAUGACGCCAAGUUCAUUUGGACAGCCACUGAGUGACGAGGACAUUGCUUCUUUGAAACAAAAAGGGGAAGGAUACAUUCGUAUUUUGAACGAAUUCGUUGAGAACGCCGGCCAGACACUGCUAAACCCGGAGACAAAAAUCGCGUACGACAAAGAGCGUAUGAGACAGACUCAAUACGAGCUAAAUAACGGAGGUGAAGGAAUGCAUAUCGACCAAGACAGUGUUGGAGAGGAGAGCGACGAUGAUGAUAGGAUGUCAGACGAUGAUUCAGGCCCCGAAGAAGGACUCCUUGCCAAGCUUCCCGGGCUUUACAGUGAAGCAGGCCCAAUCUUGAAAGAGUACUUGUCCAAGCCGGACGAUCCAAACAAAUCUGCCCAACAAAUCAUGAUUGAGCCUUACGAGCCUCUUGACAAAUUUAAUGAGAGGAUCACUCAAGAGCUCGGCAAAAAGCAUGGCCGAGGAUUCACGAUUAAAUAUACGCUCUUGAAAACCUACUCCCGAGACAUACUUCAAUUAAAGAAUGAUAUUGAGGAAGCCGACGGGCCAGUAAAGGAGACAUUGCAGAAUAAGUUCAGUGUGCUGGUCAACAAAAUCUGGAAGUAUGUGAGAACCAACCAACUUCCAGACGACUGGGCAACUCUCCUCGGAGUCGAAGCACCAGGCCCUUCAUUCGACAUUGAAAGAGACUCAUCAUGGGACGAACC